AUGAAUGCAGGACCAUUGGCACUGAGAAUCCUGGCCGUUAGCCUUUGCAUUUGGCUAGCCAGUGGAGCCUCCUCUCCGACAACCACAGAAGCAGCAACAACAACAACCAGCACCACCACAACAACGACGGCGGCCACCACAACCACCACAACAUCCUCGUCGAAUGUCCAUCGCAAACGGUUUCGCAUCAAGAACUUCAAGUACUCCGUUAAGCGCAAGGUGAAGGUGUAUAGAAGCACCACUUCGAGUUCCCGGAGCAGGAGCCGAUCGGGCAGGCGCGUCACUGUCCGUCGAGUCAACAGGCUGCUCAGACGCCGCAAUCGGGGAUAA